AUGCGCUCGUUCCUUACCUCCCGACCGUUAAAGAAGCUCGAUAACCCGACGAACGAACCGUUCGAGGUUACCGACAACGUCUAUAGCAGCUUUAAACUCAAGCUCUUCGAGUCAAUAAAAGUUCACCCAGUCUUCUACCCCGGACGACUACGAAAAGCUCCUAAUGACCCCACCCCCGGUCAAAUCAUUCCUGAACCUGACCCGAUUAAUAUCACUGGCGAACUUGCGUUGUUAGCAAACGCUUUAUCCACGAACAUAAAGAGCUUCGCCGUCUUUAAGUUUAAGGGCACGUAUCCUUUAUCAACGAAAGAGCUAAAGCAUAAUAAAGUCUUUAGCCCGCUCGCUAUACCAUCCGAAGAUCUUAGCGCUUUUAGCGCAGCUCUUGAUAAUCCUUUCGGCGCGCAGCUUAAUUAA